AUGCUGACCCUGCGGCCCUCUUUGCGGCUGCUGCUGCUCGGCCUCACGGCGGCAUGCGUCCUCAAUGACAGCACUGGCGUCUCGGCCUCGGCCGCGCCAGACGGCCACGACAACGGCGCGGCAAUGGUGCGCAGGCACCACGCCCGGAGGAACCGCCUCGACACGCGCCAGCCGGCUGCCGAGCUCGCAAAGCGCGGCGACGAACCCUCGAACCCGUACCAGGGCAUCCUGGCUCAGAUCCUAGGCGGCGGGUCCGCCUCGACUGAGCCUGACAACCAGGGCUACUACGACUCGUCGUCGUCGUCAUCCUCGUCGUCUGAUGGCUACAAUGGCGACGGUCAGACGGGCGAGCCGGACUCUGAAGCGACCACGUCUCGCAACGGCACCCAAUCCCACCGCCAUACAAAGACCAGGACGGGCAGUCGCACCCACACCCGCACCCGCACUCGCACCCAGUCGCAGGCACCCCUAUCGACGGGUGGCACCAAGUCUGACGGCUCGACGGGGCAGUCGGGGCAGACUGGGUCUGGCAGCGACGGCGACGGAUCCUCGCAGUCGGACAGCCCCGGUCAGGGACCCUCGUUGAGCGCGGGCAACGGCACCACGCCGUCGGGCGACGAUGGUGCCACCCCGACCUCGACCCAGCGGCCGCGGAAGCACCACAAGCACACCUCGAGCAGCGGCGGCGCCCCGUCUUCGCCGUACGACGACUCCAACAUCGCUCCCGCCACUAGCAGCUAUCCGACCACGUCGACGUCGAGCCGCGCGCCCGGACCCACCGCGCCGGCGACAAAGAGCCCGUACACGUCGUCCGAUGACGGAUCUUCGUCGGGCGACAACAGCAGCGGCGACAACGGCAGCGAUCAGGCGCCCAGCACCAAGGACGACGGCAGCGACGGCCUGGGUCUCGGCCUCGGGCCCCUGCUCGGCCUCGGCGUCGGCAAGGGCUCGAAGGACGAUGCACCUCCGACGGCGUCGAGCCCAAGCUACGACACGCCUUCGACCGACGACGGCUCCUCGGACUCGCAGUCGACGACGACCAAGCCGUCGUCGUCGUCGUCGUCCUCUUCCUCCUCCUCCUCGCCGAGCGACGAGGGUGGCAACGGCAACGCGGGCAACGACGACAACUCGGGUGGCACGUCUUCGCAGUCCUCCCCCUCGACCUCGGCACCCAGCCCGACAAAGGGCAAAGGCAAGAGCGGCGCGACUUCGUCCGACAGCAGCAACCAGGACGAUGGCGACAACGACGGCUUCUACUCGUACACGCCCCACUCGACACCUAGCCCGACUCCUUCGAAUAGCGAUGGCGGCCUGCUCUCUGGCCUGCUCGGCGGCUCGAAGGGAGGCGCUGACGGUGGCUCUGACGGUGGCUCUGACGGUGGCUCUGACGGUGGCUUGGGCAGCCAGCCUGGUGCCUCCGGCGCCGAGACCAGCCCUGCGCCUGCCACCUCGCCGUCCCCGACCUCGAGCGGUCACCCUCGUCGCCCGAAGAAGUCGCAGCAGACUGGCGGUCAGACCGACCCCACAUCGAGCCCUGCGGGUGAAGGCGGCGACGACAGUGGCAACGGCAACGACAACACGGACACCAGCGACGAGGGCAGCGGCGACGGCAACACCGACGGCAACGCCACGCAGACCGCCAGCAGCAGCGACGGCGACAACGGCGGACUGCUCGAUGGCGUCCUCGAUGGCCUGAAGCCCAGCCCGAGCUCGACUCACCACCAUUCUGCCUCGCAGACUCCGUCGCCCACCGGCACGGGCAAUGGCGGCAACAACGAGGGUCCCGGCGACGAGGGCAGCAACAACGGAUACCCGUGGGGCGACAACGGCGACGACAACGACGGCACCCACAGCAGCAGCAGCAGCAGCAGCAGCAGUGGCGGCGGCGGCGCACGCCCGACCUCGGCGCCUAGCUCGACAGCCUGGCCCGCUCAUCCCACGCCGACCGGCGCCCCGGACGAUGGCACCGGCACUGGCAACGGCACGUCGACGGACGACGGCUCCGGCGUGCCUGGCCAGAACGGCACCCACACCGGCGACAGCAGCUCGGGAGCUGGCGGCGGCCACACCAGCAACGGAACCGAGACCCCCGACACACCCACCGGCACCGUCUCAGCUUCAGGCUCCGGCUCCGGCUCCAGCUCCACCGGUGUUCCCUCCAGCACGCGUACCAGCCCUCUGCCUAGGCCGACGUCCGAUACGAACGACGGCUCCGAGACGGGCGGCGAAACGUCGUCGACAUCGUGGUCGUCGACGUCCUCGGCGACUGGUUCGUCCGACGACAGCGAAUGGCACACCCACACGUCGUCGAGCGCCGCGACGAAGUCGACCAGCGACCCCUACUGGUACGCCGACCGCCAGUCGCUGAGGAUCGCGCCCACCACCUCUAGCAGCGCGCCUAGCAGCACCUCGACCGGAUCCAGCGGCUCUUCGGGCGGCGACCACGGCCAGGGCGGCAACAGCGGCGGCGGCGGCGACGGCCACGAUGACGGCUCCGACCAUGGCCAGUCUGGCUCGGGCUCGGGCUCGGACUCAGGCGCCGGUGGUGCCGUGGCCAAGACCUACCCAUCGACGAUUGUCCCGUCCGACGGCGCCUUUACGCAGCCCGCGGACACGACCUCGAUCGCCAUCCUCUUUGACAGCGCCAUGCCCUGGACCUGGGUGGUCAACCAGGCCGACCUGACGGCCCAGAUCUUUGGCCUGAUGCCCGGCCUCGUCUCGAGCGCGCUCGGCAGCGCCGACGACCACAAGGAGACCGAUGCGGCGCCCGAGGUCACCACGGUCCGCCUGCAGCAGUUCAACGCCGACGGGUCGCGCGUCGCCGAGACGGCGCGCUCGCUCUACGUCGCCUACAUCCCCACGGCCUUUGUCGAUGAGCUGCAGAGCCAGAUUGCCAACCGCUCGUCUCCCUUCUACGCCGAUGCGCCCGAGGGCGCGGCCAAGCAGCUGGCGCAGCAGGUCGACUCGACGUUCAACAUCCUCACGGCCGCCGGCAUCUCCAAGGCGGCCAACACGUCGACGGCGCAGAGCUCCACCUCGAGCGAGACGGUGACGCUGCGCCAGAGCCUGAUCGGCGUCGGUUGCAGCCUGGGCGGCGUCGGCGUCCUGGCCGCCGGAUACCUGGUGUGGAAGCGCAAGCAGAGGCGCUCGCACAACCAAGGCCGGCCCAGGACGAUCCACUCGUUUGGCGGCGACGGCAUCGGCCCCGGACCCGGCGGCGCGGCGGGCCUGCGCGAGACCCGCUUCACGGAGCGCUCCGGCACCUCGGACCUGGCCAACAUGACCGAGGCGCAGCGCAUCCAGUGGGAGUACGAGUCGUCGCACCCGACGUCGUCGCACCGCUCCUCGAGCCUCUCGAGCCCGUCGAGCGCGUCGCACGAGAGCUACGACCUCAUGGCGCGCUACCAGGACGACUACGAGGCGCCGCGGCAAUUUACCAGCAGCCACGCCACCGGCGCGCGGUCGCCGCCGAGCAGCCGCCAGUCGCACAGCCAGGGGCAGCGGCCGAGGCGCCGCGGCAGCGUGGCCAGCUCCAUCAUCGGACGACCCGAGAUGACGUCCAACUCGAUGCUGCUCUAG